AUGACGUUCGGUGGCUCGUCGUCGGCGCAGGGGAUUGUGGCCCCCAAAUUCGGGAAGCGCAUGGGACUGCCGCUUGUGCCCUGCCCCAAAUGUGGUGAGGAGAUCAUGGAGCUCACUUGUGGUCCAGGAUCUAAGGUCCCGAGAGCCAUCUUCUUCAAGUGCCGGCUUCAUGAGAGAUGUGCCUGGAACUUGCCCAUAGUAUCUAUUGCCGACAAGUACGAGAAAAUGCUGAUUGCCAAGGGAUAUAUUGAGAAGACUGGGCUGCUGUGGCCAUCAUUAGGCCUGAGGAAUCCUUGCUUGAAGUUGAGCAGAUCAGGAUUGCAAUUGGACGCCUUGAGGGACUAG